AUGGACUAUGUGCCAGCUCUCAAGUAUGGACAGAAAAGGCCAGCCAAUGGAGACAACAGACGGGGGCAGGCCCAUGUCAAGUACCCAGUUACAGUGGAGAGUCCCAGCUUCUCCUGUCCCAGAGAAGCUGCUGAGAUUGCUCUGCCCCAAGGAUGCGGCAUUAUAGUUCUCAUAAAGCUAGGGACAUCAGCUUCGCCAGUGAAACCCUGUUACAUUGUCAUUUCUAAAAGACAUAUAACCAUGUUGUCCAUCAAACCUGGAGAAAAAGUAGUCUUUACCUUUAGCUGUGAGAGUCCAGAGAAUCACUUUGUCAUAGAGAUCCAGAAGAAUAUUGACUGCAUGUCAGGCCCGUGUCCUUUUGGGGAGGUCCAGCUUCAGCCCUCGACGUCGGUGUUGCCCACCCUGAACAGAACUUACAUCUGGGAUGUCAAAGCUCGUAAGAGCAUCGGUCUAGAGCUGCAGUUCUCCAUUCCUCGCCUGAGGCAGAUCGGGCCGGGCGAGAGCUGCCCAGAUGGAGUCACUCACUCCAUCAGCGGUCGCAUCGAUGCCACCGUGGUCAGGAUCGGCACCUUCUGCAGCAAUGGCACUGUGUCCCGGAUCAAGGUGCAAGAGGGAGUGAAAAUGGCCUUACACCUACCGUGGUUCCACUCCAGAAACGUCUCUGGCUUCAGCAUUGCAAACCACUCUUCUAUAAAACGACUGUGCAUCAUCGAAUCUGUGUUUGAGGGUGAGGGCUCUGCAACCCUGAUGUCUGCCAACUACCCAGAAGGCUUCCCUGAGGAUGAGCUCAUGACCUGGCAGUUUGUUGUCCCUGCACACCUGCGUGCGAGCGUCUCCUUCCUCAACUUCAAUGUCUCCAACUGCGAGAAGAAGGAGGAGCGGGUUGAGUACUACAUCCCAGGCUCCACCACCAACCCCGAGGUGUUCAGGCUGGAGGAUAAGCAGCCCGGGAACAUGGCCGGGAACUUCAACCUCUCCCUGCAGGGCUGUGACCAAGAUGCCCAAAAUCCAGGAAUUCUCCGGCUGCAGUUUCAAGUUUUGGUUCAACAUCCACAAAAUGAAAGCAAUAAAACGUACGUGGUUGACUUAAGUAACGAGCGAGCCAUGUCCCUCACCAUCGAGCCUCGGCCAGUCAAACAAACCCGCAAGUUUGUCCCCGGCUGCUUCGUGUGUCUAGAGUCUCGGACCUGCAGUACCAACCUCACCCUGACUCCUGGCUCCAAACACAAGAUCUCCUUCCUUUGUGAUGACCUGACACGCCUGUGGAUGAACGUGGAAAAGACCAUAAGUACGCCCCUUACAAGAAAACGCUCAUGUAGUCCCCACNCCUACACACUCUGGGUGCCCAGCAAUAUCCUCCAGCUGCCCGUGCAGCUGCAUGACUUCUCCUGGAAGCUGCUGGUGCCCAAGGACAGGCUCAGCCUGGCGCUGGUGCCGGCCCAGAAGCUGCAGCAGCACACACACGAGAGGGGCUGCAGCACCAGCUUCAGCUACCUGGUGGCCAGCGCUGUCCCCGGCCAGGACCUGUACUUCGGCUCCUUCUGCCCUGGAGGGUCUAUAGAGCAGAUCCAGGUGAAGCAGAACAUCUCAGUGACCCUUCGCACCUUUACCCCCACCUUCCAAAAAGAGAUCUCCCAGCAGGGCCUGAAUGUGUCCUAUAUACCGUACUUCAAAGAGGAAGGCAUUUUCACAGUGACCCCAGACACAAAAAGCAAGGUCUACCUGAGGACUCCUAACUGGGACCGGGGCCUGCCAUCCCUCACCUCAGUGUCCUGGAACAUUAGCGUACCCAGCGACCAGGUGGCCUGCCUGACCUUUGUCAAGGAGCGGACUUUGCUCAUCAGAAAAAAGAAGAUUAACAAGGGCCCUGCCGUGGGUAUCUACAAUGGCAACAUCAAUACGCAGUUGCCGAAGCAGCUAAAAAAGUUUCAAAAAGGACGAAAGGAUAAUGACUCCCACGUGUACGCAGUCAUCGAUGACACCAUGGUGUACGGGCAUCUACUACAGGGCUCUAAUGGUUCCUUCCUCCAGCCUGAGGUGGACACCUACCGGCCCUUCCAGGGCCCCAUGGGGGACUGCCCUCCCUCCCCACCCCACAUAUGCUCCAGGGCGCCGACUGCAAAGCUGACCACAGAUGAGUCACCCCCUUGCUUCCCUCCUGAAUCUGAGAACGAACCAUACACAUUCUCCCACCCCAGCAAUGGGGAUGUGCACAGUGGGAACACAGACAUUCCCCUGCUGGAUACCCAGGAGCCAGUGGAGCCAGCAGAAUAACUUGCACCCAUCCCAAAGACUUUGCUGAGGUGCAUAAGUCAGGGCACUAAGAUACCCUUUAGUGUUCCUCCCAGAAAUCCUAAAGAAGAGGAAUUAUAUGGAAGGAACAGCAGAAGGUUUUCCUGGACACCACCAACUUCAGAUUUCUCAGUGGACUCAUUCCAACGAUGAGACGUUGAACAUGAUGAAUUCUGACCUGGAUACAGUCUACGCAGUUCAUGUCCUUCUAAACCCAGGUUGUUUUGUAAAUCAGCUGCAACAAGUGGAGAGAGGCGUGAGUCACCCAGCACAGGGUUGCAGUGAGCCCUGGAUUCGGAGUGAUAAACAGAAGCUCGCCCUCUUUGGAGCAACAAUUCUGAUUCCUAGGAGCAGACCUGAGGUCCCUGCUCUCAUUGGGGUCCCUGGAUGAAAAUGACAGUGUGCCUUUUUAUUAUUAUUAUUUAUUUGGUGUAUUUAAGAGGUGAGAUGUGUAAUCACACAGCUCUUUUCACCUGACUUAGUAACAACUCAUGCUAAAUGGUUUGGAUGGCUGGAUUUUGACUUCUGCUGACCACUAGAUAAACUGGGAGGUGGGAAUAACUUGCAAUCUGUACAGCCAGAAAAGGGUGUGUGUGUUUGAGCAGCGUUGACACAGAUCUGCUUUGAUAAGAGACUUCCUGGCUCUCUCAGUCUGCAUGUGGUUAUCCCACUGCAGAAAUUCGAGUCUCAUUGUCCUUUAGUCCCAGAAAUAAGAGAAAUUUCCUCGAGUUACUAUGUGUGGCUCUCCCACCUGCAGCAAUUCUUUGACAUUUAGACAGAAAUUUAUAGAAUAUAUUCAUCUUCUAAAAAAGUUUAAGUACUCAUAUAUACCAGAGAGUGGCCACCUGUAUUCAUUUCCUAUUGCUGCUGUCACACAUUACUUGGUGGCUUAAAAACAACACAAAUUUGUUACCUUACAGUUCUGGAGAUCAGAAUUCCAAAGUGGGUUUCACAGAGCUAGAAUCAAGAUGUCAGCAGAGUUGUGCUCCUUCUGAAGGCUCUAGGGAGGAUCACUUCCUUGCCUUUUCCAGCUUCUAGAGGCUGCCCACUUUCCUCGACUCCCAUGGCUGUUCAAGUCUUUUUCAUGGGGCAUCAAUAUGACACUGACUCUCCUGCUUCCCUCUCUCUCUUAUAAAGCCCACCCAGAAAGUGCAGGAUAAUCUCCCCAUUUCAAGACCCUUAACUUAAUCACAUUGGAAAAGUCCCUAUUACCAUGUAAGGCACCAUAUCCACAGGUGGGGAUUAGGACGUGGACAUCUUCGGGGUAACAUUAUUCUGCCUACCACACCUUCCUGCUACUGACUCCCACGGGACCAAUAAAAUGACCCAGCCCACGGAGGUGUUUUGUUUAGCUUGCAGAGUCUUUUUAAAGAAUUAGUUACUAAUAUUUAAAAUUACAAAAAUUUUACAUAAAAGUCUAAAUCAGAAGAUCUGGCCAUGAUGGGGCUCACAUUCUCACUGAGCAACGACUGGCUGGAGCUGAGUAGCAGCUCUGCCUUAGAUGGGGCAUCUAGGUCACCUGUUCACCACAGUCCCCACCACUCCCUGUUGCCUCCCACCGUGAGGCUGUUUGUUGCUAUUGACCAAUGCCCCUGCACAGUUGCCUUUCUUGUAAGGGAAAGGAAAGAUUGGGACUCAGGUCUCUUAUCAAGAGAGAAGGUAGUAUACUAAUUACCAGCCCAGCUCCAGUGGGUGUUUGCCUCUGUGACCCCAAUCUAAUCUGGGAGGAGAGGGAUUGAUUGUUACAGCUUGUCAGCAGAGUCCGAAGUUCAAUAUUACUAUGGCAAAAACCUCCUUUGAAAAAUAAAUGCUCUUCAUUGUGUUCAGUGAAUUCACCUUGGAUCCGCACCACCUCUGCUUAUUCACGUGGCCUCAAUGGAAAGGUUUAGUCUCCUAAAUGGUGUGUGUCCCAAGGUCUCUUGAACGCAUUCCAGAAGGAAGAGGAUUUUUUUUUUUUUUUUAAUGCCCUCGGUGCUGCCAGUGGCACCUUCCCUUUCUGAAAGGCUGGCUCCUGCCCGGUUGCCCUUGGCUCUUGACCGAGGUGCUGACAAACCCCCUCCGUGAAGGGCCGGCAGAGGGCCACGGCCUCCCGCCCUCGGCUGAAGGAAGCUUGCCUGCAGUGCGCGUGCCGAGCCUGGCCCUCCAUUCUCUACCUUCCCCAGCCCCCUGCUCUUCUGGUUCCUCUCAGUACGCCGAGCUCCCCACGGGGUGACAGGCCAUCUUUGGGCUAGCAGGCUGCCACAUGUGUCACCGGCACUAGCAAGGGCCCCAUGAGGCCAUUUUCUUUUAACUGAGGGCUCAGAACUCUGGGCCAAGUUGCUGGCUUCCUGAGACCUCAGAUGGAUUUAAUGUUUUCUGAAGCUGUGCCUCAGUGAAGGGGCCCAGCCUGAGUAAACCUGGUGAUUUUCUUUUAAGCCCAGGCCCUACUUAGGUGAAACAUUUUGGAGUCCCUGGCAACCGGGCAAACGCCAUUUGUUGAUGCCUACUGUGUGCAGCACAGUGCCCUUCCACCCCAGGCAUGCCAAUGCCCAGCUACCUUCGCUAGUGCCACCUGCUGUGCCUGCGUGGAGGGCCACUCACGAAUGCCACGGCCCUGCCACAGAGGGGAAGGGUCUCAAGGAAGAGUCAGGAGAGACAAGCGUAGGCCCAUCAGACAAAGCCUUGGUAAAGGUUAGAGGACUGGUUUGUGUGAAUCUGCAGAGCUUAGCUGGAAAUUAUUUAUUCAUUGUAGAUACUUUUUAGGUAGCAUUUGUUCAUUUCCUAUACUUUUUUAAAUAAACAAAUAUACAAAAAAAU